AUGGCGUACAGGCGGGUUUAUAACGAGGGGAAUGGACAAUCAGGCGUUGAUUCAUGGUAUCUUCUAUCAUUUGACAUAAUUUCGAUGAAGAGAUCAGACGGUGGUCUUCAGGCUAUUCAUCGACUGACUCCCAUCCAAAGUGUCCUAAGUUCUUGGAGAGUUCUGCCGCAUCAUGCUUUGGAUGGGAGUGGCUUGUCGAAGUUACAUGAAUCUGGAUUAUGUGCUGACCUUAACCAGAACAGCAGCGUAAUACAAUGUCUUAGCAAGACAUUGACAUCCUCCAUGAUGAGAAUGAUAACCCCAUAUCUAAGGCAAAAGGUAUCUCCAGAGCUACGAGGGUCCGAAGCUCAUCAUGCCCUCCAUGCAAGCAAGGGAACUCAGUUUGAACUUGCACAACGUGAGGUCCACGUUUGGUAUCUUCCCAAGUUGGGUACUGUCAUGCGGUUUUUGAACUACUUACAGGGGGCCAGUAACUAUACAAAAGAUAUGUAG